AGCCGCCGCCGGUCUGGGAGCCGGAUUUGGAGCGCGGCGCCGGCGGGGGCCGGAGGGGGCGGCGCGGCGGACCUCGGUGGCCUCGGACGCUCCUCCUCGUGAGCGGCCGCCGCCCGCCUCCGCCUGCGCUAGCUGCUCCCUCGCCCCGGCCGGCACCCGUGGCCGCUCCAGGUCACUCACCUGGAACGCGCUCACCUGGGACGCGGUGCCCGCCGCUCGCACUUGGGCCAGGAUGAAGGACCGGCUGGAGCAGCUGAAGGCCAAGCAGCUGACACAGGAUGAUGACACUGACGAGGUUGAGAUUGCCAUCGACAAUACAGCCUUCAUGGAUGAGUUCUUCUCUGAGAUUGAGGAAACUCGGCUCAACAUUGACAAGAUCUCAGAGAGUGUGGAGGAAGCUAAGAAACUCUACAGUAUCAUUCUCUCUGCACCGAUUCCAGAGCCAAAGCGUCCAUAGACUCCUCUCCUAUGCCCCGAGAUUGAGCGCACAUGAAACCAAAGACGACCUUGAACAGCUCACAACUGAGAUCAAGAAAAGGGCCAACAAUGUCCGGAACAAGCUGAAGAGCAUGGAGAAACAUAUUGAAGAAGAUGAGGUCCGGUCAUCAGCAGACCUUCGGAUCCGAAAGUCCCAGCAUUCAGUCCUCUCCCGGAAGUUUGUGGAAGUGAUGACAAGGUACAACGAGGCUCAGGUGGACUUCCGUGAGCGCAGCAAAGGGCGUAUCCAACGGCAGCUGGAAAUUACUGGCAAGAAGACAACGGAUGAGGAGCUGGAAGAGAUGUUGGAGAGUGGUAACCCUACCAUCUUCACUUCUGGAAUCAUCGACUCACAGAUCUCCAAGCAAGCCCUCAGUGAGAUUGAGGGUCGGCACAAGGAUAUCGUGAGGCUGGAGAGCAGCAUCAAGGAGCUCCAUGACAUGUUUAUGGACAUUGCCAUGCUGGUGGAGAAUCAGGGUGAGAUGUUAGAUAACAUAGAGUUGAAUGUCAUGCACACGGUGGACCAUGUGGAGAAGGCACGGGAUGAAACUAAAAAAGCCAUGAAGUAUCAGGGUCAGGCUCGGAAGAACCUGAUUUCACUCCAGCUUGGCCUGACCACUCUUGUCUCCAGAUGGGAAUGGAGUUCUAAUGGCCUUCCUGAGAACAAGGGGCACCUGUUCCUUUAUUUCCUUGUAACCAUCCUUGGACCUGGCUCAGCAAUCUACCCCUGGAGGAAUGUAACCUACCUGAUGCAGCCCUGAGUUCUCUUCAAAAUCACCUCCCAUCCUAGCAGCUGAAGUACCUUCCCUCCUGGACUGUGUGAAGCAACCCAGCUUUUCCUUCCUUCUAGUGUGUCAAUUAUGACUUGUGCCUUGGAAAGUCCCUGUGAGAACAGCCUGAGGCACUGUAUUUCUACCUCAUGGAAUAUCCUCCUGGAAUAUGCUUUGUAGGGAAGUAACUCACAAAAUAGAGGGGUUCUUUUAAGUUUGUCAGUAGUUUGGCUUGGAUCAGAGCCCCCUUGCUGGCAGGAUGCCAGUCCUUAGUUUGUUGUCCUAUGUCCUGAAAACACAAGAGAUUAACAGAUACCAUUUUGGCCUUAUAAGUUGAUUUAUUUGAAAUACAUCUUUAAUUAGGCUCUAAGUUCAGCUUGUGGGACACUCAGAUUUUACUCUGUAUUCACUCUUGUUUACUCAGAGGGAUCAGGGUGAUAAAGACUGAGGGUAUGGAAUAUGCUUCCAUGUCUGAGUCUUGGAAACUGGGUAGUCACUUUUAGAGAACUGCUUUGUGAAGCUAUUACUCUUGAGGCCAAGCAGAACCAGGGAUUUAUAACAGGGCUAGGGACAAGGUGCUACAGUCUCAGACUCUGGAAGUGUCAGUCAUUUGUGUGUUCCAGGUGUACUUUUAUAACUAUAUGUGAGAGAUAUGUACAUAAUUGUCUGCCUCUCAAGAAGUAGGAAAACUAGAAGAUACUCCAACUCAAAAGAAAAAAAAAGUGACAAGGUAAACAACAGAGCUUGGCUAAAAUCAGGUAAGGGAUAUGUUUACCUCAAGUGAAUCAUAGAAAUGUGAUUUUCCUCUUGCCAUCACGAAGCUUGUUUAAUGGAUGGCUGUUGAGAUGGGAAUCAGAAUCAGAUGAGACCUUUGGAGUAAGGACUAAGUUGAUUUCCAUUGAAUUUUUCUGCAUAGCAGGUAGUGUAAUAUUUAUUGAUCCCCAUCUGCUGUCUACAAGAGGGUGGUCCAGAGAACAUCCCACAGCUAUCUGAUGUUACCUGCGCUGGUGGGAGACUUGAGAAGCUAUAGAGCAGCUCUUCCUGUGCUCAUCUUCCAUAAUUCUUACCAUGGAGGCAACAGCCUGGAAAUCUUUAGUGACUGCUACCUAGUAGUAAGCCUUAGACCUUUGGUGGUCCCUGCCAGUACCCCUGAUUUUGGGUACUUAAGCCCUAACUUUAAUGUUUUUGUGGGGUAGGGUGAACACUCCAAUCUAGGGACUGCCCAAGAGUUUCCAUUGUAAAGGCUCUUUCUUCAGUCACCUAGCACUCAAGACAGAGCCGCAGGGAUGCCCUCCUCCCUAUGGCUGUGAUGUCUGACAAGACAUAGCUCCAGUUAGGAGGGGACACAACCCUCAGCGCAGGCCUUCUUUUUCCUCUGACAGUGAGUCCAGGGGAUGAAAGUUUGAAAUGAAUGCCACAUGUGAAGGGCCAUUGUUGUUCAUAUUUUUUUAAUGUAAACUUGAUUAUUUUAUUGCUAAUUUAAAAAUAAAUGAGUUUAUAUUGAUUGCAAAA